UCUUAUUUGACAACUCGUUUCUGAUUGGUUAAUAAAUAUUAACCAAUCAUAUUGGUUUCCUUUCUAUAUAUAUAAAUACUUUUUGUUGUUGACUUGAUAGUAAUAAUAAAAGCCAUUGGAGUUGUUCUUUAUUGGAUUAUGUAUAUUGUGGAUAGUUACAUAUUCUCUUUAUGAUAUCACUAAAAUAAUUUGUUAUUAUUAUUAAUUUGUAUUUCGGGGGGAAUUAUUCAUCGUAUUCGGAUAUACUUUUUUUAAAGGAAAAUAGAGAGGGGAAAACUAACUCAAUUGAAUUAAUAAUAAUUAACUACAAUUUGCCCUGGUUAAUUCCAGGCAUUUAAACGGACACGCUAAAACGAACGCCCUUUGUUUAUAUAACUUAAUCUAUAAGUGGUUUCUAUGUAAUACACAAUUAAAUACCUUUAAUUUGUCAAGUUUACUUUAUUUGGAAAUAUACAAAUUAUAUUUGGAUUUGACAUUAAAUAAUUGGAUUUAUCAUUGAGAUUAUCAUACGGUUCGUGGAGUAUAUCUAUAUUCAUAUAUCAGCAACAUUAUCCGUAUCCAUUAUAUGAUAUUUCAAUUGAAACAAAUGUCAAUAAAAGAUAAUCGAUUGUGGAUAAUUUCAGUUUAUUGAACCUUACACACAUACAUACAUACAGAAAUAAAUAAAUAGAAGAAAUGAAAGUUAAAAACAAACGUCCAUAUAACAGAUCAGAGACGUGUACACGAAGUAGUGCUAAUAGUAAUACAGUUUCUGGGACUAAUACUGCAUCAACAUACAUUCCUAACAAAUUAAAUGAACAAUUAGAUCAAUCAGAUAAUAAUAAUAAUUAUCCUACUUUAACAGAUAAUUCAUUAAAUACUAAUGAGAAUAUGAACAAAAGUCAUAAAAAAACUUGUAAUUCAACAACUAAAAAUACUAAAACACGUCAUAAAUCAAGUAAACAUACAAAUUCCUCUUGCUCAUCAUCAUCAUCACCUUCUAUUUCAAAUAAUGCUAAUAGUACUGUAACACAAGUAAGUGGAACAUCAUUGAAAAUUACACAUCGUGGUGGACGUACACAUGUGUCAUCUAUAAAUCCCACUACUACUACUAAUAAUAAUAAUAAUAGUAAUAAUACUAAUAAUAGUAAUAAUAAUUUAAUUUCAAAUACAAUACGUUUAUCAAAUUCCAAAUCAAAUUGUUGUUCUUCAUCUACAUCGACUUCAUCAUCAAUUAUUUCUAGUGGAACUAAUGAACCAAUUGAUCCAUAUGAAUUUGCUGUAAAAACUGAUGAAUCAAUUAAUCCAUGUGGAUUGAAUGAUAGUUUAAUACCAAUUAAACGAUUAAAAUUAGAUAGAAAUGAUGAACGAUGUAGCGCACUGACUACUGAUUCAGCUAGAAGUAGUCCAAUGUUACAUACUACUACAAUCAACAAUACUAAUCGUAAUGAUAAUUCCUUUAAUCAUUCAAGUCCUGGUCCCAAUUCUUCACCACUUGCUCAAUCCUGUACACAUCCAUUGUCUGUAUUCACUGAUUUCUCCAGUUCGAAUAGUAACAACAAUACUAUUACUACUAAUAAUAAUAACAUUAACGUAAGUAGUAUUGGAAGUGGAAUUACACGCCGUAAAUCAGAUAUUGUAGAUGCUACUCCUGUUAGUACUACUGAUAACAUGAAAGUAAAUUCGUCUACAUCAUCAUCCCCUCAUAAUUAUUAUACAACUAGUGAGAUCAGUGCAAAUAUAUCAGUUACGUCAGAUCCAUUAAUGUCAUUCCCUACACAGUCAAAGUUGACUGACACCAGAGCCGAAACUCCGUCUACCAUACCAGCUAGUGACCCUUCAUUAUGUGAUACUACACCUAAUGUCACUAACUCCGUUGAUAAGAAUAAAAAUGAUAAUACAUCUAUUAAAAUCUGUCGCAAUAUUGACACUACUAAUGAUAAUAAUCAAACAUUAAGUAGUAUGCACAAUCCUUCAUCUUUUACAUCGAAUACAAUGUUGAAUAAUUUCGAAAAAACUCACCCAUCAGAAACAUGGAUUAUUUCACAUUCCCCCGCUUCUUCCUCUUUCUCCUCUUCCCAACCACCAUCCCCACCACCCCCAUUAGCAAUGACGAUCACAAUGACAACAACACCAACAACAGUGGUUUCAUCACAGCUAACAUCGAAUAGUUUGCCCUCUUCAUCAUCAUCAUUAAUACAAUCUUCAGUAAAAUCUCCAUUGAUGAUGUCAUCAACUACUACCUCAAUAUUGUUACCUACCACCACCUCCCUUUCUCUCGCCUCCUCUGCAUUGUCAUCCUCAUUAGCAACAACAUCAUUAGUCCCAUCUAGUCAACUGUAUACGACGUCGUCGUCGACUACUACUACUACUAAUACCAACACAACGUUUCCAACAAUUCUACCGGAACGACGAUGUACCGGUGUCAAUACUCUACUAGAUAAUUCUAAGGCUACAUUAACUGAACCAGAUUUAUUAGGACCAUGUGAACCGGGCACUACAAUUUGUUUAAAUGGAAUUGUUUGGUUAGAGACUACAACUGGAGUAUUAGUUGUCAAUGUGACAUGGAGAGGUCGAACGUAUAUUGGUACUUUGUUAGAUGCAACACAACAUGAUUUCGCUCCACCAUGUCCACGAGAUUAUGUACCUCCAUUUAAAUCAUCAAUACGAUCUAGUAAUCGUACAAAACGUCGAACUGGAGUUGGAACAAAUUAUAAGUCAAAUUUAACUAAUCAUCUUACAACGAAUGAUUGUAAUUGGAAAUCUACUUCAACUGGAAGACAUCGAUUACGUGGUCGAGCUUCAAAUUCACCUGCAGUCAAUAAUAGUAAUGGUAUUGAGACUAUUUCAACAACGAAUCGUUGCAAUACACAUAAUCUAACAAAAAUCGAUACUGAUAAAGAAUUAAUCAAUGAUAAUGCUAUUCAAGAGGAUACUGAUUUAACUCAAUGUCUUCCUCAUGUAUCUGAUGAAGAACAACUAACACGAAAUAGUAAUAAUAGAAAAAUUAAGUUACAUAAUAAAAGUCGUAAACUUUUUCGAGGUAGUAGUACAUCAUCAAGCGAUUGUCCGUCGGAAGUUCUACCGGAUCUUGAGAAAUUAUCUGAAAUUGGAGAUUUCACCGGUAAAACUGAUGGAAUGCUUUGUGAUCCACAAAAUCCUGAUCAUUCUCGACCACAUACUCCAUUAUGUACAAAUAAUAAUAAUGUGAAUACAAAUAACACUGAUAAUAAUAGUAGUGGUGAUCAUGUGUGUUUUGAAGAAAAUGAUGAAUUACAUGAAACAUUUCCAAUUGGUUGUCCAAUUGAUGGUUGUAAAAAACGUUUCUCACAUGUUCUAGCUUUGCGUUUCCAUUUGAAUCAUACAUCACACUGUAAUUUAUUAGAUUCUCAUAAGAAACGUCCUUCUAGUAUUGAUUUAAAGAAACGAGAUUCCACUAAUGCCAGCUCUAUUACAACAACAACAACAACUACUACUACUACCAGUACUAAUGAUAAUAAGAAUAAUAACAAUGCAGGGAAUUGUAGUUCAACACAUUUGAAGUGUCCACCAACUAUUUCACCGUGUCAGCCUUCCAGUUCAUCCCCAUUACCAACAGGAAUAACAACUCCAGGUCUAUUGAAUUCAUUUGGUGAACCACUAUUGCCAUCAUCAUCAUCGUCAUCGUCGUUGCAGCAGCAGUUAAAGCAAGAAUCCAAUCCAUAUGAUCCACAAUUGCAAAGUUGUCCAGUAUCACAAUUAACAUCUGAAUAUAAUCGAGAUACAAUGUCUAUACAUGCACAACAAAAUAACAUGCCUACUCAUCAUCCUAAUUAUAAAUUGUAUCAUAAAAAUGAACAGAAAUUAUUUGAUACCAAUAUAUCAAAUGAUUAUAUAAAUGUAAUGAUGAAUACGAAUAAUGAUAAUAAUAGUAUGAAUAAUGUAAUGCAUUCAGUUAAUAAACAACGGAAUAAUGAAAUAAAUAAGCAUUCUAGCAAUAAGAAACGUUUAUCUACAUCCAUGUCAUCUAAUAAUAAUAGUCCAGUUAUUGAUAUCACUUCAUUGAAUAAUUAUAAUAGUAAUAAUGUACGUACGGUAACAGCGCAUACAGUAUCAGUGCCUCAUGGUUCAUUAGACAUUACUGGCAAUUCAAAUUCUCGAUCUAAUCAACAUCAACAUCAUUAUGGACAACAACAAAAUCAUCAAACUAACAAUAGUAAUUCAUUUCACUACUCUAAGCGAACAACUCCAACAUCAUCGUCAUCAUCAUCAUCAGCUACUCCACGUGAUUUUAGUAGUAAACAUAAAGGGGGACAACAAUCAAAUAAAUUAUCUUAUCAAAAUAUAAAAACUGAUAUUAAUAAUAAUAAUAAUUCUACAGUGAUGAAUUAUUCUCGUUACAGUGGUGGUACUUAUCAUUGUGGUAGUUUAGAGCAACAGUCAAUAAAAAGUGAAUUGAACAAUGAUUAUAUGAUGAAUUUAACAAUGUGUCAUGCUUUAUCAAAUACUACCGCUACUACGACUAUGAAUACAAUGUCGAAAUCGAAGAAUCUAACAGUUAACCAGCAAGAAUUUAAUACAUCACUGUCUAAUAAUAAUAAUAAUAUGAUCCCAUCGUUACUUUUCCAAAAUGCAUGGAAUCUUCAACUGCCGAAUUCGUCUACGUACUCACAGUCUAUGCCAUUGUCGUUUAAUAAUAAUAAUAGUAAAGAUGAUGAAUUGAAAUCUACUAUGAAUUCAUUAACUAAUGGUUUACCGUCUUCAUUAUAUCUGCCCACAUAUCCGAAUAUGCCAACACUUACUUCUUCGGGCAGCAUUGUUAAUAACAGUCCCAUAAACACUAUGCCAUGUUCGUCUACACCGUCAUUAUCCAUGCAUGAAAUGUCCACAACAUUGCAACCAUUCAAUGAUUCAAAACAAUAUAUUCCGUCUAAUCAUCAUCCACUUGGUAUAAGUUUAAAUACUACUUCAAAUCAGAGUGUAGAUCUUAAUACUACUACUAAUAGUACUAAUAGUAUGUAUUAUGGUAUACCAGACUUUUUAGUUGCUGCGCUAAGUACGCUAGCAUCAAAUGCCUCAUCAUAUUCCUGCAUACCGGAAGCUUUUAAAUCAUAUUUUAAUCAGAAUUCUUUAAUGAACAAUACUACUAAUCCUACUAGUACUAGUAAUAUGAAUAGUAAUGGUAAUUCUAUAAGUAAAGCAAAUAAUUUAUCCUCUUCAAAUAUGUCACUUUCAUCAAAUUCAGGAAUAUUGGAUGGUACAAUGAAUAAUCGAUUUUUUAAUCCACAAUUCUUUCAAAAUUAUGGGACUAAUCUUUCAAAUGUACAAAAUUUUCAAUCAUUUAAUAGUAGUAAUAAUAAUAACAGCGGUAAUCUAACUUUAAAUCCGGAAAGAUUAGAUCCAUUGAAAUUAUCUGCAGCCUACUUGAUGCAGUAUACAAAUCCAGGUGCAACACAAUUAUCAUCCUCAUCAUCUACGGUAACGUCAACUUUUGGGAAUAGUAUAUAACCGUGACAAUAAAAUUCCCUUCAGUCAAUAUUUCUAUUGAUUGUUAUUUCUUUCCUUUUUCCUUUCUUUUUGUUCCAUUAAUUUACUUGUCUUUCAUUAGUUAGUGAUCUGUAUUUUUUAAAAAAACACACACACAUUAUACAUACUUAAUUAUUUAUUUAUUUAAACAACUAUAAAUUCAAUGACUAAUAAUUGUGAAUGUUCAUUGUGUACACUAAAUGUCGUUUGUUUUCUUUCUGUGAAUUCAUCUUAGUUUGAUUACAAAACAAACAAACAGAAAUAAUAACUCAAUUACUAUUACAUGUGAACCAUUUAUCUAAAAUCUGUACUACUAUUACCAUGAUUAGUACUACUACUACGACUACAACUACUACUCUGGACAAUCGAUCAACCUGACAAUUAGAAACAAAACACUAAUAUUGAUCAUGAUAAUGAAGUUAAAUGGACUAUUAAAAAUAACCUAUACUGUGAAUAAUAAAUAGACACUAAAAGAAUGUAUCAUCACAAUUGAUUAUUAUGAAUUGUUGAUUAGGUCUUCUUUUUAUUUGUUGGUAUAUUUAUAUAUAUCUAUGUUUAUGUGUAUAUCUAUGGUUUGUUUGUCUUUCGUUUUGUCUCAUUCAUAUCCCAACAUUAAAAAACAAAACAAAACAAAGUGAGGGAUAAAUUCACAAAACAACCUGUUACAUAUCUCUUUCCGUUUACUCCUUUAUAUAUAUAUCUCGCACGUAUACACACACUUCUUCUUCUUUGACCUUGACAUGUAUUCACAUUUCUCUUGUAAUAUGUAGUUUUGAUCACUACUACUUGUAAACAACAACAACAACACCAACACCAACAAAAUAAAAGAAUAAAACUAUAUUCUUGUGCCAAGUUUUAUACAAGUUGUACAAUAUAAUUCAAUUCAAGGAAAUAUGAUUUAUUUCCCAAUAUAUUGAUUUUUGUAUUUAAUGUUCUUUCUUUUGUAAUAGCAACAAUUCGGAAUAAUUAAUUGAAAAUAAGAACAAACAAACAACUUCUUUAUCUACCAUAUAUCUAUCUAUCUAUCCUUAUACUGACAUCUCUUUGUCUUUUCCCUCCUUCCUUUUCUUUAUUAUUUUAAACUAAAUACUUCAAUUUAUUGUUUAUUUCCAGUAUAUAUUUGUAAAUCUGAGUAGAGAAAUGGAGUAGAAUAAAAUAGUCAUAUAUAUAUAUCAAUGUUUCUAAAUAUAUAAUCAUGUCUUGUAUGUAUAUGUAUUUAUGAAUAACUAUUUAUUAUUCCCAUGUUAAAUAUUACAAAUAUAUGCAUACUUACUUACUUACUUAUGCCUGUUACCUCUCAUGGAGGAGCAUAGGCGGUCGGUCACUAGUAUUCUUCAUCAAACUCUGUCCUAUACCCAUAAGUGUAUAUAUAUAUAUAUAUAUAUAUGUAGAUAGAUAGAUAGAUAAACAUAAACUUUCUGUCUCACUUCUCUUACUCACAUUAUUGUUAGUUGAAGGUAUCAACACUAAAGAAUAUAAGUAUACACACGUACAUUAAUUAUAACUAACACACACACACAUAUAUAUGUGUGUACAGGCUUGGAAACAAAUAUUUAUAUACAUAGAUACAAACAGACAAUAUAUUGACUAAUUUUGUAUUUAUAUCUUAGUUUAAUUAUUAAAUAAUUGAUUCGAUACAUAUAAAGGGAUAUAGUGUGAAAGACAUUAGUAUUUAUGUAUAUAUCACAUUUACAAUUAGGCUUUUAUGAUUUAUUCUAUAUUGGAGUCAUUUAGUAAACAUCUUAUAGUUUACUUCAUUUUUAUGCUUCUUCUUUUUAAUCUUCUUACUUCUCUUUCUUUAUUUUGUAUUACAGUUCUGACUUGAAAAUGUUUGAUCAACAUUGUCAUUAACUUAUUUCUAUCCCUUGUUAGAUGGUCUUUUGUUGUUGUUGUUUUCUUUCUCAACGGAACAAACAAACAAACAGAAUUUGUUUAUUUCAGUAAUAAUGAUUAUUAUUAUUAUUCUUUAACAUUUAUUGAAUGAUUUAUAUUCACUUUGAAACUACACUAGGUGUAAAUUGUGCGUGUGAGUGUUUACCGGCGAGUAUUCAUAUCUGUUGGAUAUCAUUAGACUAUUAUAACAGCAAUUUUCUAUAAUACUGCUAAAGGGUUACAUGUACAUACAUGAACAUAAAUUAACUAAUCAAUAA